CGCAGUCGCAGGACCCCAGCCAACAUGGCGGCGCCCGACUUCUCGGCCGGGGAGUUUGAAAAGUGGCUGAAUGAGCUGCUUGACGGCUUCGGGGCGGACCGGGAGGUUUACGGAGUUUACAUCCUCGGUGUGCUGCAGGAGGAGGAGACCGACGAGGAGAAAAGCGACGCUCUGAACGGCAUCCUGUCCGCCUUUGUGGACGAAGACACGCUUGAGGAGGUUUGUCAACAGAUCCUGAAACAGUGGACCGACUGCUGCUCUCGAACCGCAGCCACCAGCAAUCAGCCGGAGGAUGAGGUUCAGGCCAUCGCCAGUCUGAUUGAGAAGCAGGCUCAGAUCGUGGUCAGGCAGAAGGCAGUGUCCGAGGAGGCCAAGCAGAGGAAAGAGGCGCUGCUCGCGCAGUACGCGAACGUCACGGACGACGAAGAUGAAGGGGAGGACGAAGAAGAUGUGGCAGGAGCUCUGGGAAUCCCCAGCGACAAGUCCCUGUUUAAGAACACCAACGUGGAGGAGGUGAUGAGCAGGCGCCGGCAGCAGCGUGAGCAGGCCAAGGAGGACGCGCAGAAGAAGAAGGAGCAGGACAAGAUGCAGCGCGAGAAGGACAAGCUCACCAAGCAGGAGCGCAAAGACCGGGAGAAGAAGCGCACACAGAAGGGUGAGCGCAAGAGAUAGACGAGGAACGUGAUCACGGACUAAAAUUCUGAAGACGAGAGAUGCCUCUACGGACUCUGUUCUGGUGGAACUUUUGGGGGUUUUGUUUUGGUUGCGUUUUGGUUUUUGUUUUAAUAAACAGGGUUUCAGAUCUUCCCAGCACCGCUCAUUAAGCCCGCGCACUGUACAAGAACAUUUUGGCAUCUAUCAGAAAUUGUAUUAACGUUGUACAGGUGUGUUUGGGGAGAAAAUUUUAAACACUGCUGCUCUGCUCAGACCAUCUCCUAUUGGUUAACACACAAUUACGGCAGAAUACUUGUUCUGUUAAACGUUUCAAACGGAUUUGGCGGGGGUUUUUUUGGGGGAUGGGGUUGGAUGCCAAAAUGUCCUUCUGAACGUAGAGAAGCUCGAGAACCGCUGCUCUACCACAGCGUGUAAUUAUUAAUCCUCCUGAUUUCUCAUGAAUCUGCUGCAUCUGUCAUGUACGGAUGAUGAUGCUGAUGAUAAUCUGGGAUGAAACAACUGGGGUUUUUUUUUUUUUUUUAAUAUAUAAAGUUUGAUCUCUAAAGAGACGUAGCUCUUAAUUAUAAGAGUUUGAAGUUCUCUACUGGUGACGUCUGUUAGAACCAGACAUGCGCUACAGAUGCAGAUGCUUAGAAUUCCUUUAAGAGACUUUUGAAAUACAUGAAGUGAGCAUAGAGAAUUUGUUGUUUUGGGUUUGUUUUGUUUUUUACAUAUUGGGUUUUUUGGCCUUGUGGAAAAACAAUUAGGCUUGUUUUGUUUUUUCACUUUAUACUUCUCACAUAAUUCUGUCCUAAAGCUCAUACACGCGUGAUUAUAUUAAAGCUGUUCGUUGAGGGAAAACUAACGUUAAAAACUAGCACACAGUGGAGGUCUUUGGUUUCAGUUAACAAGCCUUUGUGAAAUCAUGCAACAAUUUGCAGGCCUUCUUUUCAUGUAGCAGGACAGAGUUUACCAAAAAAAAAAACAUUAUAUAAAAGAAUACAAGGGGACUUGAUGGGUUUUGUUGCUUAGUGCUCGUGUGUAUUUUUGUUAUAAUGUGUAAUCUCUGUUGGAUCUGGUAGAGACAGACACAAGCAGUGCAUCAAAGAUGUUUUUUUUUAUUAUUAUUAUUAUUAUUAUUAUUAUUAUUAUUACCACAUGACAGUCCAAACAUUACAGCCUUCUACCGAGAACAGCUUUUAUAUUCAUGACUUGUGAAAUUUACUGAGAUUUCGUUGUAAUUACAGACAAAUAAAGGAAAACUCUAGUGCUCUAAACGUCCUGCUAAUGAAAGCCUAAGGGCAGCUGUUGAACUUCAAUAAACGUGAUAUAAUCUGAAUUUUAACUAAAGUUUCCGUGUACAGUCAGGUAAAGAUUUAGUCACUUGUCUUGUGUCUAAUCUCUGAAAGGAUGAGUUGUUAGCAAUAACACAAUCACAGACGGUGGUGUAAUACCAUGCCAAAUGCAUUCAUUUUUUCUCCUGUCACAGCCAGGUCUGUAGUGUGUUUAUUAUUCCAUUCAUACCACAGCGAUUUACCAACGAUUACAACGUCCCGUUUAUUAACGGACACCGUGUCGCAUGUUUUAAUGGUUUAUGAUUAGAUUUGAUGUUCCCAAACAUCUCUGAGACAAGUUAUUUCGCUCACCAGCAUCUCCUUUUCUCUCUCAAGGGAAAAAAAAAAAAACCCCAGCUUGUCAUUUCACCAAGAAACCGUAAAGUAUACUCCGCUUUCCUGGAAGAGAGUUGUUACUAUAGAAACGAUAACGUAUUAGAACAAGCACAUUAAUAUAAACCUGCUGUUCAUGUUAAUGCCGGAACUACUGCCUGAGCCUUGCGGUUACAUAAAGAUAACACGGUUUCUGACCAAUCAGAUUCGAGAAUUCAGCUGCUCUGUGGUAUUGGAGCGCACUUUACGAAUAUUUAACACUUUUCUUUCCUCACGUGUUUAACACACAAAUCUUUAUUCACAUUCCCUUCAACCCACCCUUAUAUUUCUGCUGAAAAUACAUUUUCAGUCUUUUUUUUUUUUUAUCAGCAUGGGGAAACGUAAAGAUUAGGUGAACAAAUUUCCUAAUUAUUGAAUUAAUUGGCAUCUCAGUAUCUUUCAUGUUUUUAGUAUUGAAAACUUUAAAUAUGAAUUAACAACCAUUUUGACCUGAUGGCUUCGGACAUCUCUCAUUAAAAGUCUCUUCGCUGUGAAUUUGUUUUAAUCGUUUUUGUCCUUCCGAACUUUCUAAGACUCUGUGUAGCCUGAUGUUCGUUUGAUCGCUGACUUGUUCCUACGUUCGUGAUUAUUUCAUUAUUAUCAUUAUUGUUUCAUUUAAGAGUUAACCUCUUGUGAACCUCUCCGCUUUACCCCACUGUGCGCUGUAUUACAAACGGACUACAUUUUAAUACCUUUGCAAAUAACUAUAAAACAGCC